AUGCUUGCACUCAGCCUCUUGGGAAACUUGGUUGCGACCGCGAGAUGGAUUGCCUCGGAGCUCAGCCCCUCCGACCGGCCGUCUCGGCUCAAGUCCGCGAUCACCAACGACGCCCGCCUCGACCCGCGCAGCGCCUGGUACGAUGCUGAGACGGCCGCCCACUGGGCCGCCGAGCGCCGGGACCAGGCAGUCGACGAGCUCGUCAGGGACGAGGUCGGCGACAUCCACGGGCUGGGAGGGCUCGGGGAUUGCUUCCUUGCGGACCCUGCGCCGGGCGGCCCCCGAGGCUCCGCCUCGACCACCGCCGGCGGCGCGGGCGCUGCCCUCAGCUGGGAGGGCCAGGACUCUGACGACGAGCCGGCCGCGAGGGCGUCUGACAGGCAGGCGCGGGCGUAUGCCUCGCUCCACCAGGCUUUCUUGGAGUGGGCCCGCCGCCUGGGCUGCGCCGCUCGGACGACGAGCGAGCUCGACAUAGCGCUCGCCCGGUACCUCGACAUGCUGUACUUCGGGGGCUUCAGCCAGUCGCGCGGUCAGAAGACCGUCGCUGCUCUACGCUGCUUCCGGCCCGAGUGCGAGCCCAAUGGGCCUCGUGGACUCGUGCGCGCGCGGGCCGCGCUGAGCGGCUUCCGCCGCCGAGCGCCUGGCGGGGCGCGCCGGCCGCUGCCCCGCCCGGCCUACUUGGCCAUCCUCGGGGCGGCGCUGCGCCUCCGCCUGAAGGAGCUCGCGCUCGCCAUCGCGUGGGGCGGGUUCUUGCGCCUGCCGACCGACAUCGUCGAGAUGGUGGAUGGCGGCCUGGUCGCUCCGAGCCCCUCCGCCGGCGUCCUGGCGCAGGGGCCGCUGCUCUUCCCGUCCGAGGCCGCGCGGCCGAGCAAGGUCGGCCACUUCGACGAGGGGGUGCUGCUCAGGGGGCGAAAGACCAGCCUGCUGGACGCGUCACUCCACGCGCUCAAGAGGGGGUCGACGCCGCCCGGCCGCCUGUGGAGCUUCGACUCGGCCGAGUUCCGGAGGCUGUUCGCGCGGCGCGCGACGCUCGCCAACCUGGGCCACAUGAUCGCCCUACCAGCUGCGGCACGGUACCAGCGGCACACGCGCUACCUCGCCGAGCGGUCGCGGCUCGAGCCCUCCGUGCUGCAGUGCGCCAAGGACGUGGAGGGGCCCUCUCACGCCAUGGCCUACCUCGACCUUUUUGCUGGCGCUGGCGCCGUCGGUAGAUGGCUCCGCCGGCGCGGGGCGCACAACGUCCUACGACUGGAUUUAAAAGACAAUCCCGCUUUCGACCUCAGCUGCGCAGCUGUCUGUAGGACUGCGCCCGGCGACGCGCCGGCGGCGGAGGGCGACAUCGAGCGGCGGGCCCUCCGGGCGGCGAGCCGCGGCGCCGGGCCGCGGAGAGGCCGCGGGCUGGGCGAUGCCAGCGGAGGCGCGGGCGCCGCGCGGAGCAGGCGGGCGCCCCCCGGCGGCCCCGGGGGCCCGGCGGCCGCGGCGCGCCACAGAGAGGCCCUCCUCUGCUACCAGCGGCGGGGCGAUGGGGCGCCCACGCGGGCCCCGGCGGGCGAGCUCGAGCUCUGGCUGCGCGCGCCCCUGCUGCUCGCCACCGCGGCGCAGGCGCCAGGGGCCAGGCACCGUGGGGCGAGCUGUGCCGAGUGUGUCAUCGCCCUCGGGUGCUUGGAGGGCAUGCAGAUCUCGCCUGGCGAGGAACACGGCCGCUUCCGGGAGGCGCCGCUGCUGCCCGCCGCGGCCGCCGGCGGCGGCGCGAUGGCCUUCGAGUGCGGCAGCGAGCGCAGCGCGCGGCAGCUCCUGGACCAGCUCUCCGGGGCCGGCCGCGGGGGCUUCGGCCGGGUGUACCUCGCCCACGACACGUGGAAGGGCGAGGAGGUCGCCGUGAAGGCGUUCUUCCGCACGGCGGGGGCCAGGCAGGAACACUUCCACCCGCUGCGGGAGGCGGCGAUGCUGCGGUGGGCCGAGGAUCCUUUGUUUGCUCAUUUCAAGGCUGUCUACGAGUUGUCCGCGGAUGAAUUGGACGAUCUGGGCUUGUCCGAGCCCGACGAGGACGACGACGACGAGAUCCAGGCUAACAGCGCCUUCGCCCUCGUGACCGAGUACCUACCCGGCGGCGAUCUGUUCGCAUUCAUGAAGCAGCACGGGCCCGUGUCAGAGGACGCCGCUAGGAAGAUGAUGCAGCAGGUGUUCGCUGGCCUAGCCAGUCUGCACAAGCGUGGCAUUAUGCACCGCGACAUCAAACCCGAGAACGUGCUCUUAACCAGCAGCGCAAACCAGGUGAGGCUGGUGGACUUCGGGCUUGCCUCUUUUGUCUGGGACACGCGGGCGGCCGUCGCAAGGGUCGGGAGCAUCGGCUACAUCGCGCCCGAGGUGCUGACCCAGCAGUCCCCCCCGCAAACGACCCAGGUGGACUGCUUCAGCGCCGGGGUGUUGCUCUACACGUGCCUGGCGGGCCACGGGCCCUUCCAAGGCAGGCACCUCAAGGAGGUCCUCAUGAAGAACGUGCACACCUCUGUGAACGCAGAGGCCAUGCGCAGGUUCCCACCAGGCGCGAGGGACCUGCUGGCGAAGCUCCUGGAGGUCCAGCCGGAGCGGCGCCCCACCGCGCACGAGUGCCUGCGGCACCCGUGGCUCCUCCGGCGGCCGCGCUGCGCCGCCGCCCCCGCGCGGGGGGGCGCGAGCGGGCCCCCGCGCGGGUGCACGCCCGCGGGCGGCAGCUCCAGCCCGAGCAGCUGCUCCACCUCGCCCUGCCGGAGCGGCUCCGAGCUCAGCUCGGCGCUGCCCGAGCAGCCUCUGGGCAGCUCCCUCGCGGGCGCGAGGACCUCCGCCCCGACGCAGUCCUCCCUGGGCGCCCGGGCCGCGAGCGCGAGCGGCGACGGCGCCCGCGACGAGCAGGACCCACGGGCACAGGAGAGCAGCAGCAGCUCCCUCGGCAGCGGCGGCGGCUCCUCCGCGGCCGCGCCGUGGGCGGGGGGCGCCCGGCGCCGGGCCUCGCCGUGGGCGGCCCCGCCGUGGGCGCGCGCGGGGGCGCCGGGCGGGCGGCCGUGGGCCAGCGAGCCCCUGGGCCGCGUGCGGAGGCCGCAGGGCUCUGCGGCCCUGGCCGCGCGGGUGCUGCGGGUGCGCUCGCGGGUCGCGGCGUUGGACUCGGACAGCGGCGACGAGCACCCCGGGCACAGCCCGGGCCAGACGCCCGGGGCGCCGGCCAGGGCUGCGGCGGCGGCCCUGGCAACGGCUGCCUCGAGCGGUGACUUCCCCGGCGUCGGCCCCGGCCCUGGCGGCGGUCGUGGCGAGGAGGCCAGCUCCGCCUGCACCGCGCCCGACUCCGCCCGCACCGCGCCCGGCUCCGCGGAGUGCCCGGGGGACGGCCCCUGCUCCGAGCGGGGGCGCUGCGGCCCCCAGGGAUGCCGCGAGGGCGGCGCCAGCGCGGCUUCUCCACCCGGGCCGCGGCGCUCGCGAGGCCCCGGCGGGCCGCCGGCGCAGGGGGCCGCCGAGGGCCUGGCCGCCAGGAGGCCCGCGCAGGCCGAGGCGGCGCGCGGCGGCGAGGGCGCGCCCAGUGCCACCUGAGCCGGCGGCGCUCGAGAGCCUCGAUCGGCGUACUAGGCUAGAGGCGAUAGCCUGACUGCGGGUAGACGGUUUCAGCAGUCUGGUUGCACCGUCAGGCCAGAAGCGACAGCGGCCAGACCUGGUGACGCUACGGUUGCCCCAGUGGCGACUCCACAUUUUUUUGAAUUCGAGUGCCAAUAGUGGCGGUUGCACGCUGGCGGUCCCUCUCAAACCACCUCAUCCUUUCUAGAAACCCUGGGCCUCGACCCCCUCUCCCUGUUGCCGCCCACUUUGUGGAGGCCAACUCUGGCCACAUCAAGUUUUAAAACUUGUUUUGCUGCGCGUUUCGCCGAACUUGCCAACGCGGCCGCGUGGUCUAGUCUUCGUCGGGCACGCGCUCCCGUCGCCCAACGGACCAGCUUCACGGCGUAAUCGUCGUCCUGAGGCAAAAUGUGUCCUCCUCCUCCUCCUCCUCCUCCUCCUCCUCCUCCAUCAUCAUCAUCGUCGUCGUCGUCCUCCUCCUCCCCGACUGUGGUGAGCUUUACCCGGCCGGCCACUUUCGAGGUCUGCCGCCACAGAGCCUCAGUGCGGUACGAGCCCGUGUCCACGUGAGUUUCGUUGGGUGUUUUGUAUAGUCCCCUGUGAGGAAAAUUAUCUUAAUAUUGUGUCGCAGCAGAGGCAGAAACUGGUGGUGUUUGCUGCAGAACAAAUCAUCAUCCGCCUCUUUAUCUCCACAGCUGGUCUGGCUCGAGAGGCCUGCGGUUGCCAGAUAUCCAGCUCUCCGCGAGCCCCAAGCCCGGAGCCUCCUCGCGCCCGAGCGCGGAGCCUAGGGCGCGAGCUGAGUCCGAGCCCAGAGCAGGAGCUGAACCCGCGAAGGAUCACGACGAGGCCGUGGAAGACGCUGAGGUUGCGUCAGCCGAUGCCGAGUCGGACUUGGAGCCUUUUUUGUCCGUUUGUCCAUGCCCUCAGCAAAUCUAGCACAGGGGUGGCACUGCCGGAAAGUUCGAGAACGCAUUCGGAGCGCCAGACAAGCACUCUGCCAACCAACACCCUCCCGUGCGCGUGAGCAGGCGUGGCCCUUGCCAGCUCAGGAGAAGGCGGAUGAGGGUGGAGAGCGGAGCCCUUUUGGCAGCGUCCAGUUGCCAGGUGGACAGCUAGGUGGGUCGCGCGCACGGGUGGUUGAGCCGUAGAUUCGCUUUGCGUCGCACGUCUGGUCUGCGGCCGCCUGGCUCAAGCAGCGGUCCAACGACGGAAGGGCGUUUCCGAGGCCAGCAGAGGC